AUGGAUGGACCCGCUUCUGGCAGCUCCCCUUACGAGUACAGAGGGAACGUGAACUAUUUCUCUUGGUUCUCUAAGCAUGGGGCAGAAUUAACAAGGCCGUUGGGAAAAUUGACAACUUGCACUGAAGUCCUGAACAUCACCAAUAGGCAAAGCACUAGCAAUUACUCGGCUCUCCUUAUAACCUGGGAAGAUGUCUGGUGCACUCCAUUUGGCGGUCCCUCCACGGCUCUGGGUGCCCACCUAUCCCUCCUCGUGGCUCUGGACCCAUCAGGACCUCAUCUCUUCAGCUCAGCAACUUUUCCCAGUUUGGCAGCAUCAGCAGCAAUUGCUCCGAGAACACGAGAACAGGUUUCUGCCCAAGCCAGAGCCGACCGACCAGGACUCCCAAGACCAGCCCUUCGCCCUGGUGACUCGGUCCUCCUGAAGAACCUACAACCACAAGCCUUGGAGCCUAGGUGGACGGGACUUCACACUGUAAUCCUCACAGCCCCCACUGCGGCCAAGCUGCUUGGCGACCCCAGCUUGACGACCUGUCCUGGCACCACCUCUCCAGACUCAAGAGGAACCCGGAGCAACAUGACAUCUAUAAAUGUGAGGUGUUGGGCCCCACUAAGGUCUGCCUUAACCGCCCUCCCCUCCUCCUUCCUUCUCCUUCCAGCAGUGUGCAACCUACACCCACCCCCACCCACUUAUGUGUGGAGGUUCAAUGUCCGUGAAACCUACUACCAGAACAGCAAACAAGUCACCUGGCAGGUAGGAUCUCAGGACUGCCCUCUGUUCGGAUGUCAGACAAAGAUCCAGAUGGCUGUCAACAUCCAGUCAGUGUCCAAUACUGGCUGA